CGCCGGCUUCCGGCGGAAGUCUCUCCUCCAGCUGCCCAGUGCCCAGCUCGCGCUUCCGGCAGGAGUCUCCGGGGCGAGCGCCUAGGCGGAGCAGCAGAGCUGGGGAUCUGUGACCUGUGUAUCCAGCUAGCCAUGGAACAGUUUGGCUCUGGCCACCAGCCCCUUAGGUGAGGACUCCAUCUGGGGCCCAGUGCACAUUCCUCACCAUGGAGGUGAAGAGGACCCUUCCAGUUAGGGGAACUGUCCUUUGAGAACCGUGGUCCAGCUCUGCUGCGUCUUCCCGCCAACCAUCUUCAAGAGCGGCUCCUGUUCCUGCUGGCCCACGGAUGGGGAGGUGGGCCCUUGACGUAGCCUUUGUGUGGAAGGCCGUGCUGACGCUGGGCCUGGUCCUGCUCUACUACUGCUUCUCCAUAGGCAUCACCUUCUACAACAAAUGGCUGACAAAGAGCUUCCACUUUCCCCUCUUCAUGACCAUGCUGCACCUGGCCGUGAUCUUCCUCUUCUCGGCCCUGUCCAGGGCGCUGGUUCAGUGUUCCAGCCACAGGGCCCGAGUGGUGCUCAGCUGGACUGACUACCUCAGAAGAGUGGCCCCCACAGCACUGGCAACAGCACUGGAUGUGGGCUUGUCCAACUGGAGCUUUCUCUACAUCACCGUGUCGCUGUACACAAUGACCAAAUCGUCUGCUGUGCUGUUCAUCCUGAUCUUUUCUCUGAUCUUCAAGCUGGAGGAGCUGCGUGCAGCCCUGGUCCUGGUGGUCCUUCUCAUUGCUGGGGGCCUCUUCAUGUUUACCUAUAAGUCCACACAGUUCAACGUGGAGGGCUUUGCCUUGGUGCUGGGAGCUUCAUUCAUCGGCGGCAUCCGCUGGACCCUCACACAAAUGCUUCUGCAGAAAGCUGAUCUGGGCCUUCAGAACCCCAUUGACACCAUGUUCCACCUGCAGCCGCUCAUGUUCCUGGGCCUCUUCCCUCUCUUUGCCAUAUUUGAAGGUCUCCAUUUGUCCACCUCAGAGAAAAUCUUCCGCUUCCAGGACACAGGGCUGCUCCUGCGGGUUCUUGGGAGCCUCCUCCUUGGUGGGAUUCUGGCCUUUGGCUUAGGCUUCUCUGAGUUUCUCCUGGUCUCCAGAACAUCUAGCCUCACUCUCUCCAUCGCUGGCAUUUUUAAGGAAGUCUGCACACUGCUGUUGGCAGCUCACCUGCUGGGUGACCAGAUCAGCCUCCUGAACUGGCUGGGCUUUGCCCUCUGCCUCUCUGGCAUCUCCCUGCAUGUGGCCCUCAAGGCCCUGCAUUCCAGAGGUGAUGGUGACCCUAAGCUCUCGAAGGGCCUAGGCCCCAGCCCUGACCUGGAGCUGCUGCUCCGGAACAGCCAGAAGGAGGAAGACGAUGACGAUGAGUAUUUUGUCACCCAGGGGCAACAGUGACCAGCCCAGGAGCAGCGGAAACAGGCCACUCUACAGUCAGCGCUGCUGGUGACUCUUGGUGUGGCCUGGGGGCUCAGCUGGUUCCUCAGAGCAGCUAUAAGUGUUGGCUUCAGAGUCACCUGUAGGACCGUGACUGGAGGGGGACUCCUGUCUUUCCUGUGGAGGGUGGUCCAAAAAGGAGUGCCAGGCUCACCCUGGACGCAGUGUAGCAGUGAAGGGGGCCAGUGACCUCUUCUCCACUGUUGCUCUGGCUCCAAGAGCCAGGAUGAACUUCAGGUGUGUGGUGGUUUCUCUUCCUGGGUUUGGACUGCAGGGCAUCUGGGAAGGAGUCGUGGAGAGGCUGGGCCUCAUCACCUGGACAGUGGCUUCCACAGAGAGUAGAUUUAUUUAUAGUUGAAGUAAUGAUUUCCUUCUGUACUGCGCAGUGUUGCCUGAGGCAGGAGAGCAAGGAGAGCCCCGGGCCUGGCCUCUCCUUCUCAUGCCCUCUGUAGCUCAUGCCUCUGUUUGUGCCCCAGACCGCAUCCUUGGGGCCACACUAUGGACCCACCACCAGAAAUAAAUGGGUGUUUGCUCAGUA